AUGCUGAGAGGUCUGGUGCGAUAUCUGGCCCUUCCUCCGCCUGCUGUGCGCUGCAAAUCCACAGCUAAUCUUGACUACUCACGCUUUCCCACGCUACAGGAGUCCGAAAUCGAGGAGACAUUCAUGCGCGGCAGUGGACCAGGUGGCCAGGCCGUGAACAAGACCUCGAACUGCGUGUUCCUGCGUCACCUGCCCACCAAUAUCACCAUCAAGUGUCACACUCAUCGAUUGGCAUCCAAAAACCGGGUAGAGGCACGAAAAUUGUUGCUGGAGAAACUAGAUGUCCAUUUGAAUGGGGAGCACUCGAUUUCGGCGCAGAUCAAGACUCAAGAGCAGAGGAAGUCAACGGAGCGGCGGCGAAGGCAAGGCAAACUGCAGGAGAUGAAGAAAAGCUGGCAGGAUAGAGAGCGCACAGAUGGAGGAACCGAAUCCACUGAUAAAUAGUCAAUAUCAAUAUUUUUAUACCAACAUACAA